AUGAUGAAAACUCAUAAAAGUUUUCCAGUGCUUUUGAUCCUCGCAUCCUUAACAUCCCUCAAUGAGGUCCAUUCUUAUCACAAUCACAACUUAGAACAACUCGAAUUUCACCACAAAAGCCAUCUCCGUCACCAUCACAUUCGAUUCAAUGAAUUUUACACAAUAAAUGACACAAAUUCAGCACUUUUAAGCCUCAAGCAUGGUCACUACUUCUACGGACGUCAUAAACGAAAAUAUUUUGAGGAAAUGUCUGGUGAGCAUAUCCACUGGCCAAACAAGCAAGAAUCAGUUGUCGAAGGUGACGUCAUUCUCGGUGGUCUCAUGAUGGUCCAUGAGCGUGAAGACAAUGCAACUUGUGGACCAAUUAUGCCUCAAGGUGGCAUUCAGGCACUUGAAGCUAUGCUUUUUACACUUGAUCGAAUUAAUGAAAUGAAAUUAUUUGGACCGGAUGUUAAAAUUGGAGCAUUGAUUUUGGAUGAUUGUGAUAAGGAUACGUACGGACUGGAGAUGGCUGUGGACUUUAUUAAGGCUGAUUAUACCUCAAGAACCGUCUCUAAAAAUACCAAAAUUCAGUUAUUACAAAGCACAUUCAAUGAAAUUCAUUCAUCAUCAACAUGA